GGCGUGCUGGGGCCAGCCGGAUACAGGGUGCGCUCCGAGAGCACGCCCCGUCGCCAGGGUGACAGCCCCUCCCACCACGUCACCAGGAUGACAGCAUUUCCCCAUCGCCAUGGUGAUAAAGCCCCCACCCCUUCACCAGGGUGACAGCAUUUCCCCAUCGCCAUGGUGGUAAAGCCCCCCACCCAAUCACCAGGGUGACAGCAUUUCCCCAUCGCCAUGGUGGUAAAGCCCCCCACCCAAUCACCAGGGUGACAGCAUUUCCCCAUCGCCAUGGUGAUAAAGCCCCCACCCCAUCACCCGGGUGACAGCAUUUCCCCGUCGCCAUGGUGAUAAAGCCCCCACCCCAUCACCCGGGUGACAGCAUUUCCCCAUCGCCAUGGUGAUAAAGCCCCCCACCCCAUCACCAGGGUGACAGCAUUUCCCCAUCGCCAUGGCGAUAAAGCCCCCCACCCCAUCACCAGGGUGACAGCAUUUCCCCAUCGCCAUGGUGAUAAAGCCCCCCACCCCAUCACCAGGGUGACAGCAUUUUCACCAUCGGCAUGCUGAUGGUACCUUUUCCUCCCCUCACCAUCACCAGAGUGACAACAUUUCCCCCAACACCGUGAUAAAACAUGAUUCCUCCUCUCCCAGCCCCCUCCAUUGGCCUGUCUUCUGCAGAAGAUCAGACUCUAUAUGAUCAUAAUAGGCCCUUUUGGUCUUAGAAUGUAUGAAUUUGGGUAACAGCGCAGCAGCCCCUUCCACACACACCCGUUCCAUGGUGCUGGCAUGGCCCCUUCUACUCCCCUGCUGCCCAUUUCGAAUCCCCCUCAUGGCCAUGGUGGUGGCCUGGUAGUGGUCCCAUAACCCUCAUGGUUCCCUGUGCUCACCCAUCUAGCUUGUUGAUAAGGAGUGACAUCGCAGUGUACAGGAAACAUGGUCCUUUGUCAUCUGGCAUCUCUCAUGUGCCCAACCAGGACUUCUAUCAAAAGACCUAAAAUUAGUUGCAUCAGGAAGGAAGGAUGUAGGUGUAUCGUUAUUGCUCUUUCCAGCCUGUAAUUGAGGUCACCCUUUGCCGACUACUGCAAGCUGAUAAGAUAACAAUGGGAGUGACUGUGGGGAGUGGCUGGUGUCACUCGGCUCACAGCGUCUCCUUUGCAGCUGGGCUCUUAGCACUGCCAAGUACACGUGAGGCUGCACCUGAUACCCGAGGGGAGCAAGCACUUUAGAAGGAAGCUGCGAAACCCACUCAUGCACGUACAUGCAUCUGUUUAGGGUUACUGUUGGGACACGCACAGCGAUGUAGGUGCUGACGUACCCACACCUGCUCCCGGAGAGAUGAUGGUUCGGCGAGGGCUGAGUGCCUGGCUCCCGCGAAUGGUCGUUCUGCUUGUGGUGCUCUGCUCUGCCGUGUCCGUCCUCUACAUGUUGGCCUGUACGCCGAAGGGCAUCGAUGAGCAGCUUGCAUUCCCCAGGGCCAACAGCCCAACAGGAAAGGAGGGGUACCAGGCCAUUCUGCAGGAGCGGGAGGAGCAGCACCACAAUUACAUCAACAGCCUCAAGAAGCAAAUCGCGCAGCUGAAGGAUGAGCUGCAGGAGCGGAGCGAGCAGCUGAAGAGCCUGCAGGACCAUUACACGGACUCGCUGGGCCCGGGGCUGGAGCACAGCAACCCAGAGAAGACCCCCGCUGACCUGCUGGAGUUCCUGCGCUCCCAAAUAGACAGAGCUGAGGUGCACGCCGGCGCCAAGUUGCCCACGGAGUACGCGGCUGUGCCCUUCGAGAGUUUCACCCUGCAGAAGGUGUAUCAGCUGGAGACAGGGCUGACACGCCACCCCGAGGAGAAACCCGUGAGGAAGGACAAGCGGGACGAGCUAGCGGAGGCUAUUGAGUUGGCCCUGGAAACUUUAAACAGCCAAAACAGUGAUAGCAACACAAACCAUCACAUGUACGCAGCCUCGGACUUCAUAGAAGGCAUGUACCGAACAGAAAAAGACAAAGGCACGUUGUAUGAGCUGACUUUCAAAGGAGACAGAUCACACGAAUUCAGACGAAUCGUUUUAUUCAGACCAUUUGGUCCCAUCAUGAAAGUGAAGAAUGAGAACCUCAACAUGGCCAACACACUCAUUAACAUUGUAGUCCCAUUAGCAAAGAGAGCCAGCAAGUUUCGACAAUUUAUGCAAAAUUUCAGGGAAAUGGGCAUUGAGCAGGAUGGGAGAAUUCACCUCACUGUAGUUUACUUUGGAAAAGAACAAAUGAAUGAAGUGAAAGCAAUACUUGAAAACACCUCCAAAUCAGCUAACUUCAAGAAUUUCACCUUUAUCCAGCUGAAUGAAGAAUUUUCGAGAGGGAAAGGAUUAGACAUAGGUGCUCGCAUCUGGAAAGGAAACAACGUCGUUCUCUUUUUUUGUGAUGUAGAUAUAUACUUCACUGCUGAAUUCCUGAACACCUGUAGAUUGAACACACAGCCAGGGAAGAAAGUAUUUUACCCAGUUCUUUUCAGCCAGUAUAACCCAGGUAUAAUUUAUGGGCACCAUGGUUCCAUCCCACCCUUAGAACAGCAGCUGGUUAUAAAAAAGGAAACUGGAUUCUGGAGAGACUUUGGCUUUGGAAUGACAUGUCAGUACCGGUCUGAUUUUAUCAACAUAGGUGGCUUUGAUCUGGACAUUAAAGGCUGGGGAGGAGAAGACGUGCAUCUCUACCGCAAAUACCUUCACAGCAACCUUAUCGUGGUCAGGACGCCUGUCCGGGGCCUCUUCCAUCUCUGGCAUGAAAAGCGCUGCCUGGAUGAGCUGACCCCCGAGCAGUACAAGAUGUGCAUGCAAUCCAAAGCCAUGAAUGAGGCUUCUCAUGGCCAGCUGGGGAUGCUAGUCUUCAGGCAUGAGAUUGAGGCUCACCUCCGCAAACAGAAAACCAGCAGCAAAAAGACAUGAAGCCAAACCCCAAAACUAGUUGGUUGUAUUUUCAGACUGUAGCUGCUUAAAGAGAAAAGGAGCAUGCAACAUCUGGAGCAGAAAAGCUGGAGCUGGCAGGAAAAGGAAGACAAAAGGAAACGCUUGCACUCCCUUUUCUUUCCUUCCUUAGCAGAGCUUUUGAAUAUGCCAUUUAGCCUGCUUUCCCAUACUGGCUCCUGCCAUGGAAUUGGAGACAAAGGCAGAGCAAGAAGAAAGGUGGUAGAAACCAGUACCUUGUGUUUGAUACUUGUGUGCCCUAACAAAGGGUGUGUUGCAUUUCAUUGAAAUAUCCACAUGUGAUGACAGCUGCCCUGAUCCUGCAAAGACUUAUGUCCGUCUUUAAUAUACUCUAGUGGGGUUACUCAUACACCUAAGUGUUGGCAGGACUUGGCCUUGCGUGGCCUAUGUAUUCAAAAGUGAGGAGUGAUUUUAGAUGUCCACCCUAACGCACCUAAAAGGGGCCUGAUUUUCAAAAAGCACAGAGCACCUGCCCUUCAAAAAACACUCUUUAAAGGUGGCUCAAGUAACAUCCAAAAUCAGUAGUCACAUUUGAAAAUUUGGGCCAGUCUUCAAUAGUUAGAGACACAUUCGCAUUUAGUUUCAUAGAGAUAAGCAUCUAAGAAAAGGCUUUCUAGAAUCUAGAAAGCUAAAGAUCUAAGUAAAAUUCCAAAAUGCUGGAGCAUGGUGUCAUACUCCACUCUGUACAUUAAACCAAAAAUGAAAAGCCAUAGCUUGGAGCUUUCUUCGGACUAGUUUGUUACCGUGUGUUCUGUUGUUCUAGAGAACUUUUAAGUAUCUGGGUUUGUUUUAAAGUGAGCAUUUGUUUGCUUGUGAGUUAUUUUGUGCAGAUGUAAGUUUCCUACUUCAGGCCUUACUGAGAAAUAGCACAACCUUCCUCUACAUUUUGAAAAUGGUUUGCCGUUUAGAUCAUAGAUCCAUAAAUAUAUCCAUUUCUCUCGCCAGUCAAGUCUCUAUCCUGAAACUGGUUAGCAGGUGGAAAUGCACACCUUCUUUCUAUUGGAGACAUGGUGAAGAGAAUUCACUUAUCUGAAGUGAAGGAGAAACUGUUCUAUUCCAGUAGAAAAGGGAACAUAAUCUGCAAUCCUGAUUUAAUGAGAGACUCUAAAUAAUGAAUGUUGUACAUAAGAACAGCCAUACUGGGUCAGACCAAAGGCCCAUCUGGGCCAGUAGCCUGUCUUCCGACAGUGGCCAGUGCUAGAUACCCCACAAGGAAUGAACAGAACAGGUACUCAUCAAGUGAUCCAUCCCCUGUCGCUCAUGCCCAGCUUCUGGCAAACAGAGGCUAGGACCACCAUCCCUGCCCAUUCUGGCUAAUAGCCAUUGAUGGACCUAAUAGACACCAAAAUGAAUGAAGGACCUCUUUAGGACUUGUUUAUACCAAAGUAUUCAAUAUAAACCAAAUCUAGCAUUUUACCCAAUGCAUAGUGGAGUUUUUUGUAAGUGAUAUAAGAAAUACAUUUCUAUGAAGGAUUAAUUGGAGCCUCUAAGACUUGAUACACUGACAGCGUUCCGAAGUGCUUCCCAGAAAUUGAGCUGCUUUUUAAUUUUAAGAGUUUUGUUUGAUAGUUGCAUCCAGCACUGUUCAAAACAUGUCUUAUUGCUAUCAUAAAAUAUUUUCUUUUAAGGUUGACUGUUUCUUUCAUCAUUUUAGAUUUUAUUAACCAACAACAGAUGCAUGGGCUAGCUGUUUGCUUUCCUACUGUUUUCCUAUCUUGAUCUCAUUGUUCAAUAGCUUCAGAUUCUUUCAAGCCAUUUGGGGUACAAAACUGUAUUGUCAUUAUUUGUGCGUUUACCAGGUGGAAAGCCAGAAUGUAAGACAGCACCAUAACAAUGAAUAAAAUAGGGUUUAUAUGGA